AUGUCAUCAACACUGCCAACAACUCCAAUCGGAAAAGAGCAACUGAUUGACAUGAGAGCUGGAGCAAUAUUACGAGGACAUGCUAGAAAAUCCGAGCGUUAUCUGGGCUGUCCAGUACGUUUAUUGCUCACAUUCAUUGUGUUGAUUAAAUCGUCGCUUCUCUGUGCAUGGCUUGUUCGAGAGUACUAUUUUUUCGACGUACGAUGUUCCUUCCUUUCCGCUUCUCUAGAGAAUGAUCUUUUGAAGAAACGUUCUUUGGAAGUACUGAGGAUACCCGUCUUCGCAUCCGAUCCUCCAGCCGUCAACUACUUUGACGAAGAACAUCAUCGGAGAGUGAAAAGAACAGUACGAGGCUCAGAGAGAUCGGAUCCCCGUAUGAAAUCAAGGAGGGAAAGGAAGAAGUCCAAUGUUGCUGAUCUACAGGGUAUUCCAACGACAGUGGUCACCUUAACCAACACACAGCUCCUACCUGCCGACGGCGAUACAUUACGUAUGAAAACGAUUCGAAAUCGGGUGGAGCCAAUGAAUGACGUGGCUGGUGACGAAGACUUGGUUGAGAUCGAUAUUGACGCUCCGCCGAGAGUUUACAUAUCAAAAAUUUUGACUAGAGGUGAACUGCUGAACGACGCUGACACAACCACUGAAAAACCACAAAAACGAAAAGGUAAAGGAAAGAAGAAAAAGAAGAAACUGGGACAAAAAACCACUACCUCCACGACCGCGGUGACACCAAUUACUAAGAAACGGAAAGGUCAUAGAAAGAAGCAAAAUACGAUCAAGGAAUAUAAAAACAUCAGCGAACAGACGAAAUCUCCCCGUCAUCUCUUUUCCUCUCCCGGUCUUCCGCAAUACACCACUCCACGACCGCAUCAGAGUAACUUUUUGCAUGGUGUUAUCGAUCCGAGAGAUCCACAAUUCUCGAAUAAAGGACAAAUCCGUGGCUAUCCUAUGCACAUCGCUUCUCGGAAACCAACGCCGUCCACUCGAUUAUCGGAGGAAACUCGGCUAAUGUGGGAAAUGGACGAGCUCAACUAUACAACUUUUGUGGCUGCUCCUAAGACGACAGUGGUGACAGAUGUUAAGGAGAAGAAAGAAGAGGAAUCUCCAAUCAUCUCGGUGGUUCAACUCAUUCUACCGGAAGUCAGCGAAGCUCCACCAACUACGGAAGCUUCGAAAAGAAAGACUUUCUAUUCCACUCAUACGUUAUCCACUUGGAAGCUCACCGAAACUCCAUCGAGUACAUCCACAACACCGGCACCAAUCACGAAGAUUUUAUGGGUAGCCGAGGGUGUUCUAACCGAAGAGGAAAAACGUCUCCAUGAAGAAAUACCGGUACAAAAAGUGCAUCGAGAAAAGAGUACAUUGGAGAAACUUAGCAAUGAGAGCCCAACAACAACGAUCCAUUCGAUCAAAGUCACACCGGAACGACCCAGACCACGUCCCGUGAAACAUGGUUUCGAUCGUAGUCUGGAUAAAGCCAUUGAUGCUGGCCUCCUCACUUAUCCUUCUCUGGAUUCAAGCAAUCAGAAAGAGUACGAAGAUGACGGGAAUUUCCAGUUUCAAUUAUCCACAUUUUCAUCGUCGGCCACCUGUAUAGCUAGGACAAUGUUCGAUAUUUGGUGUGUAUGUCAGUUAAUGACAUUGUUUCCGUACCUCAUCGGAGUUUGCGCCGCACGUCGUAGCUUAUUCGUCUCACACCUCGUUCUCGACAUACUUCUUCUUGUCAUCGGUUUCGUCUACACAAUUACCAUGAUCGUCUUUUCCAUUGUUCUAUACGUGCUUGUUGGUGAAAUGCCAAAGGAGAUAUUGCUCGAAUGGGUGCUGUUCGCCGUAGUGCUGGGUAAUGUUUUUGAUAUGAAGUAG